CUCCCUUCUUGCAGAGAGAUGCUCAAGGGACAAAGAAGACCAUUGCCUGCAACACCCGGCUUGCAAAUGGAGCUUGAGUUCUAGACGACCGAGGACAAGGCCAAAACAUGCUCGAAGCUUCCCUAGACGUGGACACGGAGCCUUUGACCGAAGACUGUCAGGACACCUACGUCUCACCCGAUUCCCCAGCUCUGUCGGGUGGCACCUCCAACAGCCGUAAAAGUACACCCAGCUUGCCCGAAAAACCAGGCUAUCCGGACUCUGUUUACGUGAUGGCAGCGAAUGUGUUUCAAAGCAUUCGAGUGGAAAAGGCCCCGGAGAAAGCCCUGAUCAAGUAUGGGGACCAGCCCCUGCACACGGUAGAAUAUGAGGAUGAAAGCAUGCAGCGUCUGUCCUAUGAGCUGGCGUUCAGUGCCCUCAAGUAUCAAGAUAUUUUGGAAAAUAUAUUAAUAGAUAGCUGUAUUUUCCCAAAUACCAGAAUACCAGACCAGUUGAACAGUCUUAUUAUUGUAAUGCUGUAUGACUUCCAAGAUAGAAAGUUUCAAGCACGUUUUCUUUCUGAUAGUGAAGAGAUCAUAGAGGAAGUUCAAGAAGUAGAGGACUUUCUUAGCAGUUUUAAGACCAAGUUAGCUGCAGCAUUAGCAAGAUGUCGGAUCAAACAUGAUGCCCUUUCAAUCUGCAACAUUCUUCCUGAAAAAGUUAGGAACCAGGAACUCAGGGCUUCCAUAUUGCCACUUUAUGCUUGGAUAAAUACUAGCAAAAUCAGCCUUGAUGAAGUUUAUGACGCUUUGAUGCAACAGGGCUAUCAUAAAGUCAACUCUGUUCUGCAUAUUGAAGAUAAAGUUUUUGCUGUGGAUCAACAUUGCUAUGAUGUUUUAAUUUUUCCAUCUCAUCUUAAAAGUGACCUUCUAAAUACCGAUCUUUUCAAAGAUUACAAAGUUAUAUUUCAGGACAAAUCUCGAAGUCUUGCUGUCCAUUCUGUAAAGGCUUUAUUAAAUAUGGAUGAUGAUAUUUUAAUGGUCAAUACAGGUUCGUGGUACACAGUUGCCCAUUUGGCAAUCUUAACAAGUAAUAAUAGCUCAAAAAUAUUUGUUUGUGGAGUACAAUCGCAUGCUAAGGAUCCUGACCUGAAAACCUUUUCACAAAGAUGGGAUGUAAAAAAUAUUGAAAUGCUUCAUGAGACCUUUCUUAAGAUUGAAUCAAAGGACUUCAGAUUACAGAAGGUGAAAGUGAUCUUGCUGCUUCCUCGUUGUUCUGUUCUGGGUGUCAGUAACCCAGUAGAAUUCAUUUUAAGUGAGCAUGAAGAUACAGAUUUACUUAAAGAUCUCUCCCAAGGAGGUAUAUCAGAAGACAAACUUCGUGUUCUCUGCGAACAACAGUAUGAGCAGCUAACACAUGCCAUGAAAUUUGCUAAAGCACAAGCAAUUAUCUACUGCACAUGCUCAGUUUAUCCAGAAGAAAAUGAAGCUGUGGUUAAGAAAGCUCUGGAACUGCAAGAUGUUGGGAUUAAAGGCCAGCCUUACAGGCUUAGUCCUCCUGUCCUUCCACUAUGCUCCUUAAAGGAAAUAACACUGUCUACUGAUAAAUUUUUCAGAAUGGAACCAUCUGAAAUGACCAAUGGAUGUUUUCUUUCUGUUCUAACAAGGGAGCGGGAUCCAUCAGAGACGGUGUCCGUGAAAGACGUUUUGGCUCGCGCUGCAGCAAAGGGUCUUCUGGAAGGGAUCGAGUUGGGUAAAUCUUCAAAACGGGAGAAGAAGAAGAAAAAAGGCAAAGUGAUAUUGCCUAAAGCCCCCAAUGUUGAUAUUAACAUCCAAACCAAAAUUGCUGAGUUCCUGCACCGAGAAAGCGUUCCAAGUGUGAGCCAUCCAGACAGAAUGACAGCCAAAGCUUUCCCACAGAAACCCACCAGCCAGGCCAUCCCAUCCUCACAGGCCCGGAAACACAAGCCUGCCUCUGUGCCAGUAGUUAUCAAGAACCUGCCUCCUCGGCCGCAGCCCUUCAUAUCUCGAUCCCGGCCCUCGGGCAGGGUGAUGCCACUGAAGCGGGUGGAGAUUGUUUUGCCUCCAGUCAUGUUGCCCUUUUCGAGUUACCCUGGUAUCAAACCUCAUUUCUCAGGCCAGAGGUUUUUCUAUCACUGGGGUGGUUCCAAGAUUGGUUCCAAGAAUCCUUUACCUGGCUACCUCUCCACAGCACCCGCAGCCAAAAAGGGGGAAAAGCCAAAGGAAAACGUACACUCCUCUCAGCCCCAGAGGCCUCAGCCGUGGCUUUGACUGUCUCGUGUCCAUAACACAAGGCAAGUUAUUUUCAGAACUGGUGUCUCUGAAGACU